AUGAUGCACAUGUGGAUGUGGUUCGGCUACGACCUUGGCGAGUUCCUGUUCCCUGGGCUGGAGGUCAGCUCUCGCUGGGCGUUCGCCCUCACCUGGAUCGUCCUCUUCUUCGUGGCGUUCCUCUUCGAGGGCUCGAAGGUGUACCUUGCGAAUGUUCAGCGCGAAGCCCACAAGAAGCUGUAUCCCUACAGAUCUGACGAAAGGCGGAAUUUGCUAUGCGAUCGUUCUACCCGUGUGCAACAAUCGUAUUUCACACAACGCCGUGUUACCGAGCAAGGGGGCGCGAUGGAGCCGACCACUAGCCGCAAUGCCAGCACCGGCCCUGUCAGUCGCUGGGCCGCACUCAGGGUGCGCAUGGCGGUGACCACGCACCAGUCGCUCGUGUUCCUAAUCCACAACGUGGUGGGCUACCUCCUGAUGCUGGCGGUAAUGGUGUACAACGUCCACCUUCUGCUCGCCGUGGUCUUCGGAAUGAUGCUCGGCUAUUUCCUGUUCGGCACGAAGCUGACCCGGCUGCAGAUGCAGUGCUUCCGUUCGAAGCGCGUCGUCAUCUGCACCCCCGAAUGUGACGAUACAGCUGAAAACACCACGCCGCCGCUAUUGACCAGUUCGACGGAAUCCGAGGCGGACUUCUUCAUUUGUCGCACGCGCACUUGCAUCACGCCGUCGCACUACUUCCCGGCGAGCGGCUCGCGGGAAUCCCCCGACGACCUGGCGAACGCAACUUGCCACUACGGCGCGAAAAGGUGCCCCUCCAGGGUUGCCAGGGCGAAGAGGGCCCAAGCGGCCGCGCAGGGCCACUGCCACCACUCGGAGAGCGAGAAGGAGGACAGCCCCAGCGUGGAGGACGUCCAGCUACUGAGGACCGAGCGGCAGGGCUGCUGCAAGCCCAAACAGGCAGCCGUAGAGGACAAGAAGUGCUGCAAAUCUAGUCAGGAGCCCGCCGUUAUAGUGCACGAACAGAGCCAAGCCUGCUGCAAGCGCGAGCGAAGCGAGAAAUCGAGGGAGGACAGCCCUCAGAUCACCUGCUGCCACAACACCAUGACAGCGGCGACUGAAAGCCAGGAGCAGAUAUUGAACGAG